ACAAUCUAAACCAAAGUAUUUAUCUUAUCUUCAGACCUCUCCUUUUCCUACUUCUUCUUCUCCAAUUUUGCGAUUCUUCUUUCUGCUCUGUUAUCCCUCUCUGUUCUGGCGAAAACGAAACAAAAUUGUAUCAAAAUCUUCAGAACCAACAAUGCGUGCAACGGACAACCAGGGUUCAUUCCUGAACCGAAUCAGUAUCCGCCGGAACCAGGUGGUGUCCAUGGACGGAAACCACGAGCAGGAGCUGGAGGACCUCGAGCUCUUCCAGAAGCAUGUCGCCGACCGCUUCUCCGAGCUCCUCUCGUCCACCUCCGACGACGAUUCGCUCCUCUCCAUCGCCUGGCUCCGGAAGCUACUCGACGUGUUUCUCUGCUGCGAGGCCGAGUUCAAGGCCGUUCUGCUGAUGGCUCGCGAUCCUUCCCAGAUUUCCAAGCCCCCACUGGACCGUCUCGUCCCUGAAUUCCUCGACCGCGUUGUGAAGGCGCUGGACGUCUGCAAUGCGGUCUCGCAAGGGGUCGAGUCCGUCUGCCACUACCAGAAGCUGGCGGAGAUAGCCGUCUCGGCGUUGGAACAGAGGCCGAUCGGAGAUGGGCAGGUCCGGCGAGCCAAAAAGGCCUUGAAUUCUCUGAUGUUGACUCUAGAGGACAAAGAGGGUAGCACCCACAAGACGGCGGAGCGAACCUGGUCGUUCGGUCGGCGAGGUGCGUCGUCGAACAAAGACCGAUCCACCGCCGGGAAUUUCCGGUCCUUGUCGUGGACCAUGUCGAAGGGGUGGUCGGCCGCAAAGCAAAUCCAGGCCAUGUCGGCCAAUCUCGUGGCGCCGCGUGGCGGGGAAUCGUCCGGUCUGGCUUUACCGGUGUACAUAAUGAGCACAAUCAUGGUUUUUGUGAUGUGGGCUUUGGUCGCGGCGAUACCGUGCCAGGAGAGGACCGGCUUACCGACUCAUUUCCCGGUGCCGAGACAACUGGGUUGGGCUCAGUCCAUGAUCGUUCUGCAAGACAGGAUUGCUGAGGAGUGGAAGAAGAAGAAGGAGAAGAACAAGCUGGCUGGGUUACUGGAGGAGACGCAGAGGUUGGAAAGGUUGGGGCAGUCUCUGAUUGAGUUUUCCGACUCGUUUCAGUUCCCGGGCGAUGCCGAUCGCUUGGAGGAGGUGGCGGCUCAGGUGGGUGAAUUGGCUGAGACUUGCAAGAAGAUGGAGGAGGGUUUGGUGCCUUUGCAGCAACAGAUCAGAGAGGUUUUUCAUAGGGUUGUGAGGAGCAGGACAGAGGUUCUCGAUGUGCUUGACCAAGGUGGGAAAAUGUCUGCUCCCAUAAUGUAAAGUUUCGAGCUUUUUGAGGUAAUUUAGGUUCAGAUUGUUCAUGGAUGUUUAUUGUUGAUGGUCGUGGCCAAUGAACAGAGGAAGGAAUGGAUUGGAGGCAUUUCAUAAUUAUGAUGUAAUAUUAUUGUAUUUGACGGUGUAAAUAAUGUCACAUUUUUUUCCUUAUAACUAGUAUUAUCUACACCGUUAAAUGCAAUAACUUUCGAUCCUAACCA